AUGCCCUCUCUUCACUCACACUUCCACCACAGCCGGCAGCAACAUGAUCACCAAUCUUCGAACCAGCCGCAGAAACAAUCCAGUCGCAUCCCUGCCAACAACCAAUCGGCCAGUGCUGAAAGCGGCAAGCCUGGUAGACCGGUGCAACAUGUCUCGAAACUGGCCAAGCGAAGUAAGAGCGUUAGAUCUCCCGACAACAGCGUCAAGAGUAGCACGACGAGAACAGCGACAGCGGUGACAGCAGCGACGCGGAUUCCUGUUGGCACGAGCAAAGCAAUUCCUAUACCACCCUCGCGUGCUACGCCAUCCUCAGCACCGUCGAAUUUGCGCACUCCAUCCCUCGUGUCGGGAUCUUCUGUUUCGACUUACGACAGUCCACGAUCGGUGCUUCGCCGGAAACCGUCUGGCGCGAUCGACCGAUAUGCUGCUCAAAAGCGAACGCCAUCUGCAGGAGGUGGAGAGCUGGAGAGAGCGAGGUCGCACAGUCGCAACGGAUCCAGUCGCGACAUGUUCCAUGACACUGUCCUUGGCAUUUCUCUACCUUCGACGACGGCCUAUGCGGAAUCUGACUUUCCUUUGGAGCUGUCACGAAAUGCCUAUGAGAGGAGAUAUCCGAAGGACCUCACACCACCCGUCCCAACAGGCUACGCUCCAUCUGCUACGCCUUCUACAAGAUACACCGAUUCUCCCUUCAGUCUAGUACCCACCCCGAGCUCAGCUUCGUCUUACUCUCCUGCCGUUGUGUCCACCAACAGCAACGCCCCGCCACCGCGACAAUCAUACAGUCCUACUCGGGGCAGACCUCCACUUAGCGGGCGUACAUCUUCGAAAGAUGACACUCCGAGGCUGGGCUUGCCUCUCGUUCGCAAGUCGUCGACCUCGUCUUCGACUUCUACCGUCCGAGCGGAAGCAAGGCUGGCUCAGGCUAGAAGGGCGCCUCCGGCUAAGAUUCCUGAGGUUUCUUUAACGAGAAAGUCAACAGAUGCCAACAAGCCUGCGUCACGGCCUGCGGAGUCGAGGAAAACGCCGGUCACCCCGCUCAAUCGGGAUCAGGUACAAGUGCCUCCGGAGCUUGCGCAUCUCAAUGUAGACAUGUCGUCGCGUCCUAAAUUGGCCAUGCAAAAGUCACCUCCGCCAACCAGACCAACUCGAGAAGGGACCUCUACAAUAUCGGACAUGAGUCGUCCGUCGCCUGUAGUGCAGAGUGACCUGCCGCCACUUUACACGACCUACCACAAGCGAACACCCUCUCAGGAGACACCUGGCUCCGCAAGCUCAACCAGUCUCAAGAGCCGGUUCGGAUUUUCCUCUAGGUCUUCCUCGAGGAAUGAGUCGCUCCGCAUUGAUUCUGCGGUUUCACCUCCUCCUGCGGCAGGGCGCUUCCAUCGGGGUCCUUCGCCACAAGUUCCAAGUACGGGGGGCGCCAAGUUACGUAGGAAAGACUCGCCCGCGGUUGGUUCUGGGCCAAGCCCUGCGAAGACCUCACGGUUUGGAAUCUUCUCGCGCAAGCCAAAGAAUGAGCCUCGCGAGUCCCGUGAGCCUCCGAAGGUGUUGGAGAGGCCGAGACGGGCGCCAAGCAAAGGGCCCGUUGCAGGGACUGGCCAUGAAAUCUAUGGAAGGUUUGGCGCUCGUGGGCGAAGUGGUAGUGUGUCGAGCAGUGGAGAUUUUCGAUCUCCCAGUGCCGACAGUGGCUCGAGUUAUGCAACUCAAUCUGCGCGACCGCCACCACCAACGCGCAGAGAGAGCAGUACGGGAAGCCAGGAUGGCCUCAUGCUUGACAAUUUCCUCGAACAACGCCUGAACCCUAUCAUUCUGCGUGGCAGUGGUAGCACAGCAGGCAAUACAGCAUCGAGCUCCGAUCUGGCUGGAACCAGCCUUCAACCGGCUUCGUCGAAAAUAUCUUCACUGGAUAGACCUAGCCAGCCUCACUUACUGCCCUCCGCGAUUCAGAAGCCUUCCAAGGGGUCGCCUGUGAAGCGACCGGCUCUAAGACGUCGGUCUUCAGCGGAUAGCUCAGAAGGUGAUGUCACAGCUCGAUAUCUUAACCUGGCCACUCGUCGCUCGCUGACACGCCUAUCUUCCACGGAUAACAAGUCCCCGGUGCGAGUACCGCCGCCCAUCAACACUGACAUCCCUGUUCAAAAGACGGUGGUCGAUAGCUACGAUACUGAAACCUCAGCAUGGCCGCAGACCGACACCUCUCUGCCGCGAACCGAAGAGUCUUUAAACCGCGAAUGCCUCUGGUUGCGGUCACCCCAAUCAGAGUCGACAGUAAGACCACCUCGGAGAUGGAAUUUCUUCCAGCGGGCAACAUCCUCACCGAGGUCUAAAGGCAAAGAGAAGGUCGUUGAGAACAACGAAGUCCCCGAGGUUGUUGCUCAUCAGUCGCCUUACAGAGGCGUCGCUCACUACGCCAUGUCGAGCUCAGUCCAGCCUAUCGGGCUUGCAGAGGUGGAAAGAAUCGCCCAGGAGUAUGACACAUCUGCUGAAGACUCGAUGUCAGAAUCAAAUGCGCCACCAAAGAUGAUACCAUAUGAGAAACGACGCAAGCAUUUGCUGCCUUCGCCACCAAAGCACUAUUAUAGCAGCGAUUCAGACUCCCGUGCAAGGCCGACUCCGUCCAGGAUCAACGUCGAGAGACAAGACUCCUCGGAGUCAAAAUCCCCUGAGGUAUUGCGUGCGCGACCAGCUUUCGCACACCAAGCCGCUCAGGCCUUCGAUAUACCUAGAUCACCUGCGGAUGAUCAAACCCGUUCCUUGGCCGUCCCUCCGGCCGACGCACCUGAAGGGUCUGCCGAUGUCACUAGCCCGCAGCUUCGGCAGGCUGGUUCUGGCACUCCAGAGCAGCUCAAUGACUCUCCACGACAACCAAGGUUAUCCCCUGUCGGCCGAAUUCCAGCCGUGGUGUCAAAGCGGGAUCGGGACCGGAAACUCUCUGACAAUUCCUUCUCUCGGCCGUUCGCCCGGGCUCAACCUCGACCGAGCGUGAAGCCUCCAUUGAGGCCUGGUUCAGUAUAUAACCAGAUCCGGGAUAUGGCUAGUCCGAGUGAGUCCGGCUCGCAACCAGUAUCGAGCACGAGCACAAGGUCCGAUGCGGAACCCAAAAGCAGUAGCAGGUACACCAAGCUACCGAGUGAUUCCACGAAUCGAACGAGUAUGGACAUUCACAAUCAAUAUGAAUUCUUCUCAUUCCCACCCCGCAAGGAUUCUGAACAGUCCUAUCAAUCUUACCCCAGCAGCUCGGGCGAUUCAAGCUGGAUGGCAGGCUUGUCCGUCCAACAGCCUCAACUGGAAGACAUCUGGAAUGAGUACAAUGACUUCAUGGACGAGACGAUGCCGCUCAAGACUCCUACGACCGGCUCUUCCCUGGGUGCGCCGUUUCAGUAUUCGAGCACGCUAUUCGAAGGACACAACUAUCCGUUUCCUGAACCAUAUGCCAUCAGCCCACCUCCAACGGUGGGUCUGCCGCCGCUGCCUGCUCACGCACUAGAGAAUUUUGGUCCGUCUCCCUUAAAGGUACCACAGCAGAUCUCAAGAUUCUUACGGCCUUCAAUGUCUCCCACCACACCUGAUACCCUUGCCGGUUUUGUUGAGGGUUAUGGAAGCCGCAGUACCAGUGUCCUAUACGGCCAGAGUCAUAGUCAGCACCGAGCAAGCAUUCGGCCGCCUCCAACGGAGAAAUCUGCAGGUGAUAGCGUGGCUUCUUCGCGCUACAGCAAAGGUUCGCAUCAUUCGAGAUCGACCUCUUUGCCUGAGGCCAAUGCUCGUCUGUCGCAGACUAGCUCCACUCCCACUGCGCGCCAGAACCGUGACACAGCGCUGGUGGAUAUUGCGGAGAUACCGUCGACGAACAAGGAUACCAAGGCUUCUCCUGGCUUGCGAUUCGGAGCUCUCAUGACAAGUAAAUGGCUCUCUUUCGGUCGCGUCCUUUUCAGUCCUGCGCACAACGAGGUGCAAUUGGCCAGCGAAUCGAAAGUCCUCGUUGUCGAUGGUCUGAGCAGUGACUGGUCCUACUAUGUUGCUCUCUCCUACCCGGGCGCGGAAGUCUACAAUCUCAGUACGAACUUGCCCGGCUCACCAUCUUUCUCCUGGCCCGUUGAGGAGGAUGAGAAGCCCCCGCCCAACCAUCACCAAUACAGACUUGCCAACAUUGAGACAUUGUUUCCGUUUCCAAAGGGAUUCUUCAAUGCUGUAGUCUUUCGGUUCCCGACCGCUGCGACCGAAAACGCAUACACAGCUUGUAUCUCAGAGUGUAAGCGGGUAUUGCGACCUGCAGGCUUCUUGGAAGUGGCGAUGCUGGAUCUUGACCUGAUGAACAUGGGCAUCCGAGCAAGAAAAGCCGUGCGAGAUCUGAAGACGAGGAUGCAGCUCCAGGACCAAGAAGUGUGUCUCCGAAACUUGAGCGAUAUCCUCGUCCAGCUCAUUGGUAGGAGGGGCUUUGAAGGCGUGCAGAGGUGUAUCGUCGGCGUUCCAGCAGCGGGGCGUAUUCCGAGAAGUCAAGAUCUGAGCAGUGCGUCCGGUUCUUCUGACGGUGAAGGGAUGGGAAGACCAGGCUGGCUGAGAGAAACGAAGCAUUCGAAGAGUCAAGAAUUCAGGCUCGCGGACCUUCUGGAAGAUGCGAAGAGCAAUGGAUUUGGAGCACCGGGCAAGAACAACGACGAAAGUAUCACCAAGAUGGUGGCGAAAGUUGGAAGGUGGUGGUAUUCUACCUGUUACGAGAAGAUGUUGGAAGACCAGAGUAUUUUCAAGGAUUCUGCGCUUUUGAGGGAGUGCGAGAAGCAAGGGACUUCUUUUAGGAUGUUGAUUUGUCAUGCGCAGAAGCCGGCGCAGUUGAGAAGGAGGACUGUGAGUGUUUGA